CAGCAACCUUGUCCAGUACCUAAGUACUACUAAUAUCCUUUGCUCCGCCCCUCCCCCGUCAUUUCUUCCUUCGACCCUCGGUGUGGAGCAUCCAUCUCCAGUCAGUACUAGUAGUAUCUAUCUAUCUCGUUGAAAAUCCCCCUCCGUCCGCCAGUCGGCCUGUCACUUUCCCUUUCACGCUCCCCACGCCGUCCCGACAUCGCGCGGAAUUCGACUCCCGCCUUUCACCUUUUAACUGCCCGACAUCAUCCGGCGCUUUAAUUCGAUCCAAACACAUCCCCCAACACCAUCCAAAAUGGUUGCCGACGCCUUGGUCUACCAUCCUGCCCUGGCGCACUACUUGCGCUUUGUCGCAACGACAGUCGGUCGCGACAAGCUUCUUCGUACCUUGCAAUACUUCUCCCGCUUCUACGCCUGGUACCUCCUCCGCACCAACCGCCCCCAGUCUGCCAUCGACCCUUACAAUGCUAUUAAGAAGCAAUUCGGAACAACCCGAAAGAUCCUGAGGAUCGGAAAGUUCGUUGAACACCUUAAGGCAGCUGCGCUUGCCUCGGACAACAAGAGCCCCAUUGAUCCCGUGCUUCGCUAUCUCUCAGUCGGUCGUCAGCUCGGAUACGCCGGCUACCUGAGUCUUGACACAAUCACUGUUGUCGAUACGAUCGGGGUCCGUAAACUCGCUUCUGCCAAGCGACUACAGGAGUCUGCUUACCGCUCAUGGAUGGCGGGGCUGGUCUGCAGCGCUCUUGCUGGCGUGUACACACUGUUCAGGUUGCGGGAGAAGGAGAAGACGCUUGACCGCAAGGAAGGCGAAGGUGUCGUGGAAGCGAAGAAGCUUGAGAAGGAGCGUUCUGCCGCCCGCAUCCAGCUCAUCUCCGAUCUUUGUGACUUGACUGUCCCGGUUUCCGCCCUCGGCUUUGCAUCUCUUGAUGAUGGCGUCGUGGGUCUUGCAGGAACGGUCAGCAGUUUGAUCGGCAUUUGGUCCCAAUGGCGGAAGACUGCGUAAGCGGUCGACAUUGGGGCUAUGUGUCAUGAAUGGAAGGGCCCAACAAGGCCAGAUAUGUAGUGCGUGUUGGCCAUCGCUAAGCACGAUCUGCACUGACCUUGAUACUGCAAAUGAUCAUUGGCCUUUGAAGUGUGCAUAUUGCGGCCAAUUUCCCGCCAGUCUGGUCAGAGGGCAAAGAGGUGCGCAGUGAGACGGUGCGAGAAGUGAAUUAUCAUGUGUUGGAUUAGCUGGAUCGUUUCGCCUGCCAUGCGGGCUCCAGUCUUAUUCAUAUGGAUUCAUGUAACUUAGAAAUUAUUCCCCUUCU